CCGACGCACCACGACGCCCCCAGCGAACGCGGCCACUCCCGCCUGCCCUGCCGUUCUGCCGCAAAGCCGACCCUUAAAAAACACAACCCCUUGCGCGGCCGCUGAAACAGACUGCGAAUCGCCGUGCGCCAGCGCGCAGAUCGCAGCAGAGGCAGGCAGGCGGAGCCCUUUCCGCGAUUAAAAAAAAAACAGAGUACCCACUCGCUUGCUUUGUAGUGCUAGUCGGCUUGGUGCGUGCUCCGCCGCCCCAUUCUCCGUGUUUAGUAGUCUCGGGCUCUGUGCGCCGAAUCUUUUCCCUCCUCGCGCACCCCAGAGCCACCACCGCCACCCACUCAUCCGCCUCUGCGCCCGCGCGUGCAGUGUGUCGACCGGACUAACUGGUACGGGGGGAUUGAGAUGUGAUCGUGGCGGACUAGCACCGGCGGUUAGUCCGAGUUUUGCCGCCGGCUUGUGGUGGCGGGCCGGGAGAUGGGGCGGUGCGGAGGAGGGGCGGGCGGCUGCUGCGGAGGUGGCUUCGCUCUCCUCGCCGCCGCCUUGGUCGUCUCCGUGCUUGUGAUCCGUGGUGGUGGAGGUUUGAAGCAAUCUCACGCACCUGCUGUUGCUCGCAAGAUGGUUCUAUCCAUAACGAGUUGGCAUCCACAAACUAACUUGGAUAAUGUACUUCAUCCAUCACAAGUACAAGAUCAAAGACUGGAAAGCUUAGAUGAAACCAUUUCACCAUCUAAACAAGCAGUGCUGCCUGCAAUGCAACCUAGUGCUCCACCUGAUCAUUUUUAUCAGUCACCAAACAGAGAAUUAUCCCCGUCUAUACAGAGCCCAGGGCCAAUUGUUGGCCAAGCUGUGCCACAUUCACAUAUAAUAUCUCCAUCAUUUCAAACCAGCAAUGAAGUUACAAAUCCUCAUCUCCGGGUGCCUGCUUCUUUGCCAUCUCUUCCAGUUCAACUAAAUGUGCCUCAUCCUAAAAUUUCUGCUGACACUCCAACUGCUGCACCUUUUUCUCAACAGAAGCCAUGGUCAUCUCAACCUCCUUCAUAUCUCCCUUCUAUCGGAAGUCAAUCAACACCACCAGCUCUUUCACCCCUUAUAAAUGACCACUCAGCUCCUCAAUCAUCUCGUACUUCUCCAACAGGCCAGGAGACAUCUAGAGUACCUGGUGCUUCACCUCCAGCAGAAUUUCCCAGCCAAAGAAAGCCACCGCCAGGAGUAUCUGCUGUUUCUCCAUCACCAAUAUCUUCUCCCGCCAUCAAUGGGACUAGGUAUGGUGCGCCUGUUGCUGCACCUCCGUGGCAAUCCUCUACCCCUUCACAUUAUCCACACAUAGAAGGACCUGCUAUUCCUCCAGCAUCAACUACUUCACCCCCAGUUUUGGCACCUCCUAUCAGAUCUUACCCGUCUUCACCUGCAAUUGGGCGACAAACACAAAGAUCAGCAGCUUCUCCAGAAACAGCAGUUCAUCCAGCUAACCAUGGUAAGGACCAUGGAGUUCCAGUUGCAGCACCUUCAAAAGGAAUUCAUCACGAUUCCAUACCUGUGAAUAAUACACAUGGAAAGACUCAUGGAGCUCCAGUUGUGGCACCACCAAGGAGAAGGCAUCACCAGUUGCCUGCAAAUAAUACAUAUGUAAAAGGACCUGCUGUUUCUCCCUCGAAGUCCCCCAUCAUCCAUAGGAAAGGACCUGGCAUUCCAGUUGCGGCACCUCCAGAGGAACAUUCCAGCCAUUUACCACCUGCAAAUCAUAGACACCACAAAGGUUCCUUACCUGUUAUAAGUCCUGCUCCGCAUAAAACUAAUAAUGCUUCUGCACCAAGCCAUGGGCAUUCUGGUUUACAUCAUAGUCCUGCACCUGCACCUGCACCUGUACGUUUGCCUCCAUCAAAAGGAAAGGGACAAGGAAAUCCUGCAUAUGCUCCACACCAUCCCCGACAAUAUCAUUCGCCAUCGUAUUCUCCAGGACCUGAUCUACCGCCUGUGCAUCCACCUGACAGUCCUGCAUUUAAAAAGCCCAAGGCUUUGGCACCAGCCCCUAAUCAAGUGUUGCUACCUCCACCACCAAAUUCAUACUGCACGGCAUUAUCCUGUCAAGAUCCUCUGACCAAUACUCCUCCGGGGACAAUAUGUCUCUGUGUGUUGCCAAUAAAAGUCGAGCUUCGUUUUGGUAUAGCAUUGUACACGUUCUUUACACUGGUCGCGGAACUUGCGCAGGAUAUUGCGUCUGGAGUGCUCAUGAAUCAAAGUCAAGUCCGUGUUAUGGGAGCAAAUGCUGCACCUGAUGACCCUGAGAAGACAGUUGUCCUUAUUGAUCUUGUGCCACUGGGAGCAAAAUUUGACAAUACAACAGCACUUUUAGUAUUUGAAAGGUUUUGGCAUAAGCAGGUUAUCAUAAACACUAUGCAUUUUGGAAACUAUGAUGUGUUAUAUGUUCUUUACCCAGGUCUUCCUUCGUCACCGCCGGCAGCUGCGGGAAGCAUGAACAAUGGUCUUAGCAAUGUAAAUGAUCCAAGGUUACGCCCCCUUGCUGUUGAUGUGGGAAAUAAGAGAGGAAGAAAAGGCAGGGACAUAAUUGUAAUAGUUGUUCUAUCAAGUAUUUUUGCUUUUAUUUUAUGUUCUGGAGCAGCAUUGGCGAUUUAUUUCAAGCUUAAGAACUGCAACCAUUUAACUGAAGCAUCACUUACGCCAGCAAAACCUGCAGGUCUUGGUUCUGUAGUGGUUGGGAGCAGGCUAGGUAGCAGACCUAUUUCGGCAUCACCGUCCUUCAGCUCAAGCAUGGUGACAUAUAAAGGAUCUGCCAAAACGUUUAGCUUGGUUGAGAUGGAAAGAGCUACACAGGGAUUUGAUGAGUCUAGAAUUAUUGGUGAGGGUGGUUUUGGACGUGUCUAUGAAGGUAUUCUUGAGGAUGGAGAACAGGUUGCUGUCAAGAUUCUGAAGAGGGAUGACCAGCAAGGUACCCGUGAAUUUUUGGCUGAGGUUGAGAUGCUUAGCCGAUUGCAUCACAGGAACUUGGUUAAGCUGAUAGGUAUAUGCACAGAGGAGCAUAGCCGGUGUUUGGUAUAUGAGCUUAUUCCAAAUGGCAGUGUGGAAUCUCACUUGCAUGGAUCAGAUAAGGAAGCUGCUCGACUUGAUUGGGAUGCUAGGCUAAAAAUUGCACUAGGUGCGGCACGUGCACUUGCUUAUUUGCAUGAAGAUUCAAGUCCACGUGUCAUACAUCGUGACUUCAAGUCAAGUAACAUCUUAUUGGAACAUGACUUCACCCCAAAGGUUUCAGACUUUGGCCUAGCAAGAACAGCUUUGGGUGAGGGAAACGAGCAUAUUUCAACUCGUGUUAUGGGAACCUUUGGGUAUGUUGCUCCUGAAUAUGCAAUGACCGGGCAUCUUCUAGUAAAGAGUGAUGUCUACAGCUAUGGUGUUGUUCUUCUUGAGCUUCUUACAGGAAGGAAACCGGUAGAUAUGUCAAGACCUCCAGGGCAAGAGAACUUAGUCGCAUGGGCUAGUUCUCUUCUGACAAACAGGGAUGGUUUGGAAACAAUCAUAGAUCCUUCACUUGGGAAUAGCGUCCCAUUUGACAGCAUUGCAAAAGUAGCAGCCAUUGCUUCUAUGUGCGUUCAGCCUGAGGUGGAUCAGCGCCCAUUUAUGGGGGAAGUUGUUCAGGCUCUGAAGUUGGUAUGCAACGAAGGCAGUGAGUUCAACGAAUCCACAAGCUUUAGCCAAGAUUUGCAUAUCCAGGAUGCUGAUAUUGUGAGUAGAGCUAGUCUGGAUAUGGACGUCGACCCAGCGCUAUCUGCCGAGCGGUUCAGUUCAUCAGCACAUUAUGAUGCUCUGGAUGCCUCUGGUUCUUUCCGACGAUAUUCAAGUUCAGGUCCUUUAAGAGUAGGUAGAACUGGCCACAAUAAGGAGAGGGGCUUGUCAACAGGUAGCUCAAGUGAACACGUUGGUCUACAAAGAUUUAGGAUUGAUUCAGAGUAGUCAGCCUGCAGUCUUCGUUUGAUGAUGUGAGCAUUGAAGAAAUGCACAUUGGUUUAUUUUGUCCAAGCCAGAGUUCAUAUUUAUUGUGAAUAUCUGUAAAAAUAGCAAAAGGUGUAAAAAACAGUGUACCAGCUUCAGCUGAGACCGAGAGUGAGCCCCUGGGUGGCUUGGCAAAUGGCAAUGGAAGACUGCUAGGUACUGCAGAACUGAACAGUUACUGCUGCCUUCUACUUUUCUCUCAUUGAUGGCAUCGGGGAAGCUGAAGCAAAAAGAUUUCGCACGCUCUUUUGUAGUGUUAGGGAUGUAAAAAUGCCUUCGGCGAAAAAGGGAUGUACAAAAGCUUGUUCCCCGUACUCAAAAGUGAAAUGUGUCGUUUUCGGCCGAUCCACGCUGGGAUUCUGGGCCGUUUCAACUGUACAAUCCACGAACCCUUUCUAUCACAUGAAAUGUAUAUCAAGUGAAAUUUCAACUGAAAUCUCGGAUAUUCGUA